AUGGAGUCUCACUCUGUUGCCCAGGCUGGAGUGCAGUGGCAUGGUCUUGGCUAACUGCAACCUCCACCUCCUGGAUUUAAGAGAUUCUCCUGCUGCAGCCUCCCAAGUAGCUGGGACUACAGGUGUGUGCCACCACACCUGGCUAAUUUUGUGUUUUUAGUAGAGAUGGGGUUUCACCAUGUUGGCCAGCACCAUGCUGGCCAGGCUGGUCUUGAACUCCUGACCUCAGGUGAUCCGCCCGCCUCGGCCUUCCAAAGUGCUGGGAUUACAGGCAGGAGCCACCAUGCCUGGUUCUGGAUUUCCUUCUUAAUAAAUCUCCUUACUGCUGGAUCAGGAUGAGGCUUAGCUUGCUGCUGCACCAUGUAUACACUGAUCAGUUAGAGGAAUGCAUGCGAUCCACAGAGGGAAAUGUAAAAUCAGUUCUGCCUGCUUCUGUCUCAGUGACAGUCCCCCAGCCUAUCUGGCAGAUGAUGGAAAAUUAGCCUGCCGGAUUUCCUGAUUGGCUGUUGGUGGGUAAGUUAGGAUACCAGCAAGGACAGAAUAGGUUAGAGGUUUUUGGAGUGGAAAUUUAAUGUACCAUUUGGCCUGCCAAAAGUGGGCGGUAAAGCUGUUUUUCCAUUGAUGAUUCCUGGAGUCAGGCAGAUAUUGCCAAAAAUGUUUUUUGCUGUUUGCCCACCCUUUUUCUGCUCAUUCCUUUGCUAGUUAGGAGCAGGCUUUUCUUGAAGCUUUUUUGUUGUUGUUUUUUGUCUUUGCCUCUUGGUGGUUCUACAUUGGAGUCUUCUGUAUGACCCUGUUUGGGGUAUUUGGGAGGCAAUGAGGAGAUGCAGGGGACUCAUUGCCAUAUUAAUUCUCAAAUUGUGAGGCCCCUAGGGAGUCAGCCUUUUUUUUUUUCUAUCUUUCAACAGUGUCCUGUGCUUUUCUUGUUGUGUUGUGUUCUGUAUUUUUUAGUUGUAAGAGGAACUACCUGGAAGCUCGGGCUUUCCAUGUUGUUGCAACCAGAGAUCCUUCAAAAUAUUGUUUUUGUUCACAUGGGAGCAUUAAAAAAUAAAAUUAAAUCUCAUUAUUAUUGUGGAGUAAUAUUUGGUGAGAAUUUUUUCCAUGAAGAUUUUCAUCAAUUUCUACAUUGGAAUGUGAUUCACUAUUACCAUUUCCCCCACUAGAAUCACAGGAUUAUUUUCUUAUUAAAACUAAAAGGAAUGCUUUGUCUUUUAAUGUGGCAAAAUAUAUAUAACAUGAAAUUUACAGUUUAGCAAUUUACAGGCAUACAAAUCAGGCAUUAAUUACAUUCACGAUGUUGUGCAAUCAUCACAUUGUUUCUAAAACUUAAAAAAAAAUUUAUGAACUUUUUAAAAUAAGUUUUAAGUUUAUAGAAAAAUGUAAAGGAAGUAUAGAGUGCUUUCAUGUACUGUCUUUCUCCCAUUUAUUAACGUCUUGCAUUUGUGUGACAUGUUUGUUAAAACCGAGGAGCCAAAUAUAUCCUAUAGGUUCUGACAAAUAUAUAAUGACAUGUAUCCACCAUUACACUAUCAUAAAAGAGUUUCACUGUUACAACCACCUUUGUGUCUACCUAUUCAUCCCUUCCUCUUUCUCUUUAUCACCCCCACCAACCCCUAACAACCAGUGAUCUUUUUACCAUCUCCAUCAUUUGGCUUUUUUCAGAAUGUAGCCAGAGGUAGCCUUUUCAGAUUGGCUUCUUUGACUUAGCGAGGUACAUUUACAGUUCCUCUGUGUCUUUGCGGCUUAAUAGUUCAUUUCUUUUUGUUACUGAACAAUAUUUUCCAAAGCAUCUUCAUUAUACCUGAUGUGGUUUGGAUGUGUGUUCCUUCCAGAUCUUGUUGAAAUGUCCCCAGUGUUGGAGGUGGGGCCUAGUGGGAGUUGUUGAUCAUGGGAUGGGAUCCCUCAUAAAUGGCUUGAUGCCAUCCCCUUAGUGUUGAGUGAAUUAUUGCUCUGAGUUCAGGCAAGAUCUGGUUGUUUCAAAGCGUGUGGGACCUUUUUCUUCUCCCGUUUGCUCCCUUUCUUGCCAUGUGAUGUGCCUGCUCCUAUUUCACCUUCUGCUAUGAGGAAAUUUGUUUAGAUUUUCUUUAUAAAUUAUCCAGUCUCAGUUAUUUCCUUAUGCAACAUGAAGACACACUAACACAAUAGCUAACAGAAACUUUGUAUGCAUUACAGUUACUUUCCAUUCCUCUCUCCCCCCAGCUUUCAAUAACCACUAAUUUAUAUUGUCUCUAUCAAUUUGCCUAUUCUAGAUAUUUAUGUAAGUGGAGUCAUAUAGUAGUUGUCCUUUUACAUCUGGCUUAUUUUGCUUAGUACAGUACCCUCAAGAUUUAUUUAUGUUGUAGCAUUUAUCACUACUUCAUUUCUUUUUAUGGCUGAAUAAUAUUCCAUUGUAUGCAUAUACCACAUUUUGUUUAUCUAUGCACUUUUCACACUUAGGUUGUUGCCACCUUUUGGCUAUUUAUUGUAAAUAAUGCUGCAGUGAACAUUGAUAUACAAAUACCUGUGUAAGUCUGUCUUCAGUUCUUUGCAUAUAUAACUGGGAGUGGAAUUGACAGAUCAUAUGGUAAUUACAUGUUUAAUUAUUUGAGGAACCACCCAACUGUUAUCGACAGUGACUGCACCAUUUUGUAUUUCCACAGCAAUGCAGGAGGAUUCAAAUUCCUCCACAACAGACCAAAACUUACUGUUUUCCUUGUUUAAAUAGACAUCCUGGUAGGUGUGUAGUUGUAUCUCUUUGUGUUUUUGAGCCUAUGGCUUUUUAUAUUCAAAGUAAAGAUAAGUCAUCCAAAAAAGAAAUACAGCCUUCAUCCCUUUCCUGUUAGAUAAGAGACUUCAUAUUAAGUUUUCCAAGAUCAAAUAUCAUAUAGGAAUUACCACUUAAAAAUUGAAACCUUUUGCAGUGAACAUAAAACUGCUCUAAAAAGGCGUAUUUAAAAAAGAAAGGCAGGCUGGGUGCAGUGGCUCACACCUGUAAUCCCAGCCCUUUGGGAGGCUGAAGCAGGCAGAUCACCUGAGGUCAGGAGUUCGAGAUCAGCUUGGCCAAUGUGGCAAAACCCCAUCUCUACUAAAAAUACAAAAAUUAGCCAGGCGAGGUGGCAGGUGCCUGUUAUCCCAGCUGUCCGGGAGGCUGAGGCAUGAGAAUCACUUGAACCUGGGAGGCAGAGGUUGCAAUGAGCUGGGAUUGUGCCACUGCACUCCAGUCUGGGGGAUAGAGUGAGACUCUGUCUCUAAAAAUAAAUACAUAAAUAAUAAAUAAAAAUAAAAGAAAGGCAAACAAAUGAGCUAUUUCUGUAUAAGCCCUAUGGACUCUCUCAAAAUAAAUAAGAAAGGCAAACAAAUGAACUGUUUCUCUACAAGCUCUAUUGGACAGUAGCAGCAGUUGUGGCUCCUUCAGAAUACUCAACACUGAACAUUGGAAUGUUUGUUACAGGCAUCAACUCCUUCUAUUAUGAAUACUUUUUGAAGACAUCAGCUCCAGCACCUUUGGUGCAUUAAAAUUUAUUACGUCUUGUGAAGAAGGUGCCUUGCUUCCUUCUCCUUCGCCUUCCAUCAUGGUUGUGAGUUUCCUGAGGCCUCCAGAGCCAUGCUGAACUGUAUUCUUUAGGUGAUGCUAGAAGGCCUCUUCAUGAAACAGCAGUUUUGGUUGAAGAUGUGGUGCAUACUCAGUUAAUUAAUCUGUUACAGCAAGCUGCUGAAGUUUCUCAGCUGCGUGGAGCAAGAGUAAUCACUCCUGAAGAUCUUCUGUUUUUGAUGCGCAAAGAUAAGAAAAAACUUAGAAGAUUGCUAAAAUACAUGUUUAUCCGAGACUACAAAUCAAAGAUUGUCAAAGGCAUCGAUGAGGAUGAUCUUCUCGAAGACAAAUUGAGUGGCAGUAAUAAUGCGAACAAAAGACAAAAAAUUGCUCAGGACUUCCUCAACUCUAUUGACCAGACAGGAGAACUUUUAGCAAUGUUUGAAGAUGACGAAAUUGAUGAAGUUAAACAAGAAAGAAUGGAGAGAGCAGAAAGACAAACUCGAAUUAUGGAUUCAGCUCAAUAUGCAGAAUUCUGUGAAAGUCGACAAUUAAGUUUCUCCAAAAAAGCUUCCAAAUUCCGAGACUGGUUGGACUGCAGCAGUAUGGAGAUAAAACCCAAUGUUGUCGCUAUGGAAAUUUUAGCAUAUUUAGCGUAUGAAACUGUGGCACAGUUAGUGGAUCUGGCUCUUCUUGUGAGGCAAGACAUGGUAACUAAGGCAGGGGACCCCUUCAGCCAUGCCAUUUCUGCAACCUUCAUUCAGUAUCACAACUCUGCUGAGAGCACUGCAGCCUGUGGUGUUGAGGCUCACGGCAAUGCCAUCCAGCCCUGCCACAUCAGAGAGGCCAUUCGACGCUACAGCCACAAGAUUGGCCCACUUUCCCCAUUCACAAUUCUUGCUCUGUUGCCCAGGCUGGAGUGCGGUGACAUGAUCUUGGCUCACUGCGACAUCUGCCUCCCGGAUUCAAACAGUUCUCCUGCCAAGCCUCUCAAGUAGCUGGGAUUACAGAAUGCCUACCGCAGGAAUGGGACGGCCUUUCUAGCCUGCUGAUAGACAACUGUGGUGUGCCUGCAGCAACAAGAAAAGCAACGUUACAUGAAGGUGAUUUCUUGAAAACAAAUAAAAUACAAAUGUACCUUUCUCCCAACCAAGGGAGUGGGCUGGUUUGUUGUGACUAUCAACUUGCUGACUCCUGCUCUUUUCCAGCCCCCUCAACCAUCAGUCUUGUUUACUAGAUGUGCUGUUCAGCUAAUUAAUGGCAGGAUGUUUGGGAUAGGGUGUAGGUGGACGAGAAUGCAGAUCACACAAUUCUGAAAUUUUAAUUUCAGUGGAUUUACUGCCCUCAGCUCACAUAUCUUAAAAGUAGUGGUUGUUCCCCGCCCUCCAGUGUUUUGUCUGUGUUUUAUUUGCUACAUUUUAUGAUUUAAGUUUAGAUCAAGGAAACAAAAGGACAGUGAGUUUUCACCUUCCCUUAUACCACCAACUUCACUUUCCAACAUUUGUUGACUACGUGUAUUUUAGUGACAGCUAUCCAUUUUAUAAACUUACAGUAAUCAAAUAUCUAACAGACCUGAUAAAUCACCUGUUCCCAUCCCCUCUCCCCUUCACUCCGCUUACAGUAUGAGUCAUUUUCAAUGCCUUCUUCCCAACUUCCUGCCAUCUGCCUUUUAUGUGUGUUUUUCCUCACACAGAACGUCUUACUCCAUCUUUGUUUCCCUCCUUUUCCUGUUCCUCCAAUCCCCAGAUCUACUACUCCUGCACAUUUCAUACACAUUUAGAAGCCAAGUAUUCAGAAUUAGUAGAAGGGGAACAGAGUAAUUUCUUGCUUCCCCCCUUCAAAGCCUCCCACACUUAGACUGCAAAUGUGGGCUUGGUAAUUUCUUGCUGUUAGUAGCUGAGCUACCCUUCUGGCUUCUAUACUUUCUCCAGUAAAUGAGGAACCAUAAUUCUUUGGAACAAACCAAAAUAUAGCAGAUGUAGUCGUACAAUUCCUGAUUAAUUUUACUUUUAUCAUGGUUUUUACAUGUACUUGAAACAGUCUUUGUAAAGAAUUAAUAAAAACAGAAAUGAAAAAUGUGAA